AUGUGUUCUGUCUACAUCUUCCUCUAUGACUGCGGCUGCUCAGUCGAAGAAGGCGGCGUUGUCGCCUGCGCAAAGAAGGGCACUCCUUCCUGCCACGGUGUGAAGGAGCACUUCCGGCGACGUGCGGGCUACAACUGCCCAAAGCACACCAAAUAG